UAUGCCAUUUGCAAGUCACAUUACUCUACGCCAUAAUCAUAUUCAGAAUAUUGAAUGUAAUAAUAGAUCGAAACUAGUCGAAUUGGAUUUAUCUGAAAAUCAUUUUAACAGCCUUAACUGGUCGAAUUUUGAUGGUUUAAACCGAUUGCGAUUACUAAAUUUAUCAUCCAAUUUCAUCCGACAUCUAACUCGAGGUUCGAAGAAUCUAAUCGAUUUGCAAGAAUUAGAUCUGAGCCGUAAUUCUUUCGCUGUCAUUGAUGGAGGUGACUUGUCCGCCUUUCUUAACCUUAACCGACUGCACUUGAAUUAUUUAAAGCGUCUAGAAAGAGUCUCGUUAGAGGGACUAAUAGAAUUACGUUAUCUCAGUCUAACCAACUGCCCUUUGUUGGCUCACAUAAAUCCAACAAGCUUCGACGGUUUAAACUCUCUGGAGACGCUCGAUUUGAGGAGAAACGCCUUGACUAGCAUGACACGCAAGCUGGUAGAAAAUCUAUCGACUUUAGCGUCCCUUCAACUGGCUGGUAACAAAUGGAUUUGCGAUUGCGAGAUGACAUGGAUAAACGAUGUCAAUUUUCUAAUCGACGACGCUAAAUGCUCUAGACCUAGGCACUACGCUUCAUUAAAUCUUACGGAAUCAACUGGAAAUCUAACAUGCUCAGAGCCAGUAAUAUUAGAGCACACAAUAGUAGCAAAAAAGGCCAUUGGAAAGUCGGUUAUCUUGGAAUGUCUAGUUACUGGAACACCUCGACCGAACGUUACAUGGAUAUCAAAUAGGGGGCGUCACAUGAUGUAUCGAGAAGACCCCCAAACAUCACACUCACCAAAUAUAUGGCACAAAGCGACUUAUUAUGCAAGCCAUCUAGACGAUAUAGAAGAAAGAGUGAAAGUGCUAAAAAAUGGUAGCCUAUUAAUCGAAUAUGUUCUAAGAACGGACGCAGGAAUAUAUUACUGCCAAGCAGGAAAUGCAAGUGCCGCCGUUAGAUUUCGCCUCGACUUUUCUAUAAUAGGACGCAUUGAAUUGUAUACUUGUCUCAUAGGCUUACUAACUGCUGUUGGAAUGGGUGUUCUAGCGUUAGUAAUUUCAAUCAUAAAAUACUUGGCCUGGCUGUGUAGUAAAGAGCAAAGACAGAAAAGAAAGUCGGUAAAACAAAUACUAACUUCGUUGGGCACCUAUAAAAGCGCCAAAUUCGACCAAUUGCACGCUUAUAAAACAGCUAAAAUAGAUGCUUUAAACAAAUACAAAACCAGAAAAGUGUCUAAGAUGAAGACUUAUAAAAAAGCGACCUUCGGUACAAUGUAUGCACAAACCACUCGUAUGAGGGUUUAUUAUCACGAGCAAGUAAACAGAAUCAGGGAGCAGUGCCUACAGCAGUCAUUAAAAUUACGAGAAUCUUAUAAGAAUAUGGAUUAUGCUGGUAGAUUGAGGGAACAGUAUACUUGUCAGUUGAGUAAAGUAAGGGAUUAUAGCUCCGAACAGUUGUCCAAGUUGCACGCUCAAUAUAAAAUCCAACAGCAACAUUUAAUUAAAUUGAUGGAAUUACUAAACAUGACAAGUUGCAAAUCAGCAAUAGAGGCAGAAUGCUUAAGAACAGAAAGUCUUUUAUUUGACUUCGAUUUGGAUUUUGACCAGCACGCUGUUCACGUUCCGCCAAUGAAAAUGGAUGAAUUAGAUGAGGCAGAUGCUGAAUCAUUGAUGAUGAAUUCAGAUCCGUCACCUCAUCCCAAGCGUAAAAGACUACAUAAAAAGCGACAUUUGACUGACGAACAUUCAGACGACGAAGACGAUAUACUAGUUGAAAAUUACGGCCCCAAAGAAGACGAUGGAUCACAUCUCAACAAUGAAUCAAGAUUAAGAAAGAAAAGGAGGCAGAAACAGCAUCGUACAUCGGUUGUAGUUGAAAUAGGUAAUUAUGGUACAAGACAAGAGGAGGACGAAGAGCUUCCUUGUUGUUCAGAUAAAGUUUAA